AUGACGUUAAACGAUGAUGUUGCUCAGAGUAUAUCAACUUCGAGCGAUGUUGAUGAUCAGUUAGUUUUAGGCGAUAUGGCCGAUGAGGAUACAUUUGAGAUCCCUCUCAAGACAGGCUACUCGCACUCAAAUAACUUCUCAGAACUUAGUGAAGAGCUUGAUUCAACUUCUGAUACAGGUGGUGGCAAUAUCGAGAAGAAAGUACGCUUUGAGCCUGGCGAUGAGGCAUCCGUGCGAACCGAACAGCUUCAUUCAAGAAGCAGAGCAGGUUCGAUGAGAGGGAAGAAGAAUGUAGAGGAUCUAUUACAGUACGCUAAUCAGGUGAAUGACUAUUUAGCCCAAAAUUUGGAGAACAUCAAUACUUUCAGGUCCGAGCUGCUUAAUAGCGAGUAUCCUAAGCCGAGGAGCGAUAUGGCUACUCAGGCCACUCCAUUUUCUGCAUCCAUGUCGAAUUUUGAGCUUAGCGAUAAUGAAUAUGAAGAGCAAGAUGCUACGAACUCUGAGUCUACUGGAGAACAGAUUUCUAGCGGCAAUUUUAAUAUAUUGAAUAAGAGCGACGAUUCGUUGCUCAAGACGGUACCAAAAGAUUUUUGUUCACCAGAGAGUGGCAGCAAUGUCGAGAAGCCGAGUGUUGACCACACAUUGGAGAAUUCGCCCCAACUCAACGAUACAGAAGUUCUUAAUUCACCCGAAUUAAGCCAACAUCUUCAAGAGUUGGUCUUCAAGCCUUCUUCUACGACGAAAACCACCCCCACAGAAGAAGAUGACGCUAGUCGGUCACUCAUUUUAGACAAUGACAACAUCGAAGACCACAAGAUAAUUGAUCCUCCGCCAGAAGAAGGUAUAAAAAUCAUGCAGGAUACCAUUAAUUCCAUACUAAAAGUCUCAAAUUCAACCGAUGCGGAGAAACCGCACGAUCAGGGCAUAAGCAAUAACGAGUUUGCAACUUUCAAAAUGAAAAGUGCACCAACAGUUACGUACGAAGAAUUCAUCUCCAGAAUACAAUCCAAAUGCAUGUUUGGAUCCAUAGUUUACGUUGCGGCUGCAUUUUUAAUACAAACCCUUUUCCUUACGAGAGACAAACCCGGUGGCUCAUUAAUACUAAGGCUUCAUCUAGAUCAGGUUCACAUCCACAGACUAAUCGUAUCGACCAUCCGUGUAGCUACUAAACUGCUAGAAGAUUUUGUACAUUCCCAUCAGUAUUUUUGCAAAGUCUGUGGUGUAUCAAAAAGACUACUCACUAAGCUUGAGGUUUCACUGAUAAUAUGUUUAAAACACGAUGGCCUUGUAAUUACUAGCGGGAAACUCGCCGCAACAAGGCACAUCAGAGACGAAUUGAUGCGUAACGAAACAAAAUGA